AUGCCUCAGAACUUCAUACUCGAGAUCGAGGUAUUAGACUGCUCGGGGAUCGACUUCUUCAUGGGACCAUUCCCACCAUCAUAUAAGAACGAGUACAUACUAGUGGCUGUGGAUUAUGUUGCGAAGUGGGUAGAGGCAAUCACCAGCCCCACUAAUGAUGGCCUCUUAAAGAAGAACGGGGUCAAGCAUAAGGUUGUGAUUGCAUACCAUCCACAGACAAGUGGCCAAAUUGAAGUGUCUUAUAGAGAGAUCAAGAGUAUCCUGCAGAAAACAGUCGGAACUGCACGCAAAGACUGGUCUCUAAAACUAGAUGAUGCGCUAUGGGUUUACAUAACAGCCUACAAAACGCCACUAGGGACCACUCCAUAUCAUCUGGUCUAUGGCAAAGAUUUUCACCUCCCUUUCAAACUUGAGUACAAGGCAGCAUGGGCUGUCAAACAACUCAACUUCGAUAUCAAAUCAGCCAAGGAAAGGCUGAAACUAUUCCAUGGGAAGUUGAAGCCCAGAUGGUCCGGUCCGUUCACUAUCAAGGAAGUCAGACCAUAUGGAGCGGUGGUGUUACUGGAUCCGAAUAGCAGAGAGUUCGUUGUUAAUGGUCAGCGUCUAAAGCUAUAUCUUGCUGAAACGACAAUCGCAUAA